CGUGAUUGCUGCUCGCCGGGAACAGUCGGGGCGAGGGCUCUGGUGGCGGGGCGCGCCGCUGGCAGCCGCAGGUAGGACCUUGAGCCAGGAUGCCCCGCGGGGACUCGGAGCAGGUGCGCUACUGCGCGCGCUUCUCCUACCUCUGGCUCAAGUUCUCGCUCAUCAUCUACUCCACAGUGUUCUGGCUGAUCGGGGCCCUGGUGCUGUCCGUGGGGAUCUAUGCGGAGGUGGAGCGUCAGAAGUACAAAACCCUGGAAAGUGCCUUCCUGGCCCCGGCCAUCAUCCUCAUCCUCCUGGGGGUCGUCAUGUUCAUCGUCUCCUUCAUUGGUGUGCUGGCCUCCCUCCGGGACAACCUGUGCCUUCUUCAAGCAUUUAUGUACAUCCUUGGGAUCUGCCUCAUAAUGGAGCUCAUUGGUGGUGUGGUGGCCUUGAUCUUCCGGAACCAGACCAUUGACUUUCUGAAUAACAACAUUCGAAGAGGAAUUGAGAACUACUAUGACGACCUAGACUUCAAAAACAUCAUGGACUUUGUUCAGAAGCAGUUCAAGUGCUGUGGCGGAGAAGACUACCAAGACUGGAGCAAAAACCAGUACCAUGACUGCAGUGCCCCCGGGCCGCUGGCCUGUGGGGUGCCCUACACCUGCUGCCUCAGGAACAAGACAGAUGUCAUCAACACCAUGUGUGGCUACAAAACUAUCGACAAGGAGCGCCUCAGCGUGCAGAACGUCAUCUACGUCCGGGGCUGCACCAACGCCGUGCUCAUCUGGUUCAUGGACAACUACACCAUCAUGGCGGGGCUCCUGCUGGGCAUUCUGCUCCCCCAGGAUCGAACUCAGGACCUUGCACUUGGAAGCCUUAUGCAUGUGAGGUAAAUCCUCUACCACUGAAAAAAAUUAUAAACGACAUGAUGUGGAGCUCUGAAGAAACUAGAGAAAUGGAUAAUUUUCUAGAAGAGUAUAAAUUAACAAAACUAAUCCGAAAUGAAAAAGUAAACUUGAACAGGCCCAUGACUGUAUGUAAGAGUAAUGUGUGAUUAAAAAUCUAUGACUGGGCCGGGGAUUUAGCUGUGGUUUCACUGCCUGCUGUGCAAGCACAAGGACCCGAGUUCGAUUCCCGGUACCAAAAAAAAAAAAAAAAUCUAUGACUUUGCUGGGAGCAGUGACAUACAUUUGUAAUUCCAGCCAAUUGGAAGGCUCAGGCAAGAAGGGCACAAAUUCAAGGCCAGCCUGGGCAACUUACCAAGACUCUGUCUCAAGAUUGUAAAAAUGAAAUAAAAAUGGCUGGGCAUGUAGCUCAGCAGCACCGUGCUUGCCUAGCAUAUGUGACGUUCUGGGUUCAAUCCCUAGUACUGCAAGCAAACAAACAAGACACUCUGACUUAGUUAACUCGGUAAUAAAAAGACAACCCAGGGCUGGGGAUUUAGCUCAGUGGUUACGCUCUCUGCCUUGCAAGCCUAAGGUCCGGAGUUCAAUCCCCAGUACCAAAAAAAAAAAAAAAAAGACAACCCAAACUGAAAAAUGGACAAAGAAUCUGAACAGACAUUUCUCCAAGGAAGAUGUAUAAAUACUCCAUAAUCAUGUGAAAAGAUAGUUGAUAUCAUUGGUUACUAAUGAAAUGCCAGUAAGAAGCAUGAUGAAGAUGGCAUUUCAUACUCAAUAGGGUAAGAAGAAUGAAAAAAA